UCUGUAUCAAUGCAGAGUCAAAAAGACAACAACAAUGGAAAACAAGCAAGCGAGAGGACACAAAAACAACAUCUUGAAGUUCCUGCCGAGAGCAGCUUCUGCUGUGAAUUUCUAUAACCCUCCGUUCAGUCCUGGAAGAGAUCACAAGACCAGACAUUCUGACAACAUUAACAAGUUUCGCACAAAGGGUUUUUCCGGUCCGAUUGUGUCUAUAAUUCCCGCCGAAUCUCGCCGGAAAAUAAAGAAUGGUGACUUGUAUGAAGCACAAGAUGAGCCAACUUCUCCGAAGAUCUCGUGUAUGGGUCAGAUCAAGCACCAUAAGCACAAGAAAAUGACGAAAAAGGAGAAGAAGAUUAUCAAGCCUCGUGAAGAAAUGGAGAGUAGUUCUACUCUGUUUUCUCCCAAAGUACAUGCGUCGAAGAUUAAGAGAAUCUUCGUCGGCCUCGGAAAGCCUCCGAGGAAAUCCGAAAAACUCGAUAGAGCAUCGUCGUUGAGUCAAAUGAAGCAGUUUGCGAGUGGUCGUAAUCACAGUAGUAUUGCAAAUUUUGAUUGGACGGCUAAGAUUGUGCCGGAUGAGUACUCCGACGAAGAAGAAGAGGAGGAGGUGAUAAUUCCAUUUUCAGCUCCUAUAACGGUGGUCAGAGGGGUGGCUUUGCAGCCGAGGAAAGAAAUUAAUUUGUGGAAGAGAAGAACCAUGAACCCGCCGCGCCCUCUGCAGUUGAAUUCCACGGUCAGAGCAAAUUGAUCCAACUUUCAGAGCAAGUUGAAUUCCUCCUUGUUCAUAGGCUGCUUUUUUUUUUUUUUUUUUGAAUCUUUUAUGAUUAUUCUUGGUUAAUUUUGAAAUUGUGAAGGGAUUGGCCCAUGAAACAAUUAAUGUGAAUAGUGAGAAACCAAGAGAUUCAAGUUUUGUGUUUUUUUAUAAGGAGAAGUGGUUCGGUUGCCGAUGGAUUUUUUUUUUUUUUCAAUUUUGAAUGAUUCUCCGUCGAGCGAAUAAAGAAAUAUAACUACUGCAUUAAUGUCUAAGAAGUGGGCUUUGUCGUCUUGUCUUGUGGAGAAGCUGUAUUCAUAUAUAAUAAUAUGAUAGCCAACAGAUUUUGACAA